AUCCCAGAAAAAACGCGGUAUUGGUUUGAGCGACCAGAGAGAUAUUAAAGGGGGAGAUGAAGUCGUUGAGAACGACGGCGUGCUUCGUCUGAGACUUUGACCCACCCCACCUAACCCAUCUCUCUCCUCUCCUCUUCGUCUGAUUGUUCAGGCUUUGGUUGUGGAGAGAGAGAGAGAGAGACGAGGAGGCGUUGUCUUCAAUUUAGAUAGUCGCUUGUUUGUGAUCAGAAAAUUGUAAGGGAGGAUCAAUUUUGGUGGCGAAGGGAUGGGUUGCAAUUCAAGCAGGAGCGUCGACUCCAAGACCUCCAGGACCGCGCGGUGGCGAUCCACCGGCAUUGUUGGUCUCCGCGACUCUAAAUUGAAGACAUUUCCAGAUGAAGUUCUUGAUUUGGAGAGAUCUGUACGCACUAUUGAUCUAACACGCAAUAAAAUAGUUGAUAUUCCUAUGGACAUUGGCAAGUUAGUGAACCUGCAAAAAUUGUUUUUGGCAGAAAACCUUAUUGAUCGACUACCAAUGCAUGUAUCAAAAUUAGAGUCUCUGAAAUUUAUGACGCUUGAUUCAAACCGAAUCACUUCCUUGCCUGAUGAAUUGGGACAGUUGGUUAGGCUUGAACAGUUAUCCAUCUCUAAAAAUUCUCUAUCUUCUCUGCCCGAGACUAUCGGAAGCUUGCGAAAUUUAGUGCUGUUAAAUGUAUCAAACAACAAGUUGAAGUCUCUUCCAGAAUCAGUUGGUAGUUGCUUCUCUUUAGAAGAACUACAAGCAAAUGAUAAUUCAAUUGAGGAUCUUCCGGAAUCUGUUUGCAAUCUUAUUAACUUAAAAUCACUUAGCUUGGACAAUAAUAAUGUGAAGCAGAUACCUACCAAUCUAUUGAAAGAUUGUAAAGCUCUGCAGAAUAUUUCCCUGCAUGGAAAUCCUAUAUCAAUGGAUCAGUUCCAGCAAAUUGAAGGAUUCCAAGAGUUUGAAGCAAGGAGAAAGAAGAAGUUCGACAAACAGAUUGACUCAAAUGUAAUGAUCAGUUCUAAAGGCCUUGAUGAAGGUGUUGAUCAUUGAGAGUAUUGCUCUGACAUCUGGAGAUGAAGCGUUGAGGCCAUUCAGAUGCGAAAGCGGCCGAGGUUUGUUUCAUGGAUGCUGUAAAUUGAUCGAAGCUUCACUCUAGCAUGGGACGACAGCGUUUCGGUUCAUGAUUCUUUAUCACUUGCCAAACAAAAAUAACAUCAAAACUCAGUAAUAUUUUCUUCAACACUUGCUUCUUAUUGGCAAUCAUGUAUAGAAAGGGUGGGAACAUAUUCAAAGAUCCAGUAUAUAAUGUAUACUUCUAUUGGUACUGAGAAAAAGUAAUCCAAUCAAAUUUGGAAACUUAACUUAAUGCAAACGCUGUGAAGUCAA